AUGACUGCUGGAUUUUUAACUACCAAAGGUACCAAGAUCGUUGAUUCAAAAGGCAAACCUGUCGUUUUAAAAGGUACUGCCAUUGGUGGUCACUUAAAUAUGGAAAAUUUUAUUACUGGUUAUCCUGGUCAUGAAACUGAACAUAAAAAAAUCAUUAAAUCCAAGAUUGGUGAAGAGAAGUUCGAAUAUUUCUUUGAUAAAUUCUACGAAUAUUUCUGGACUGAAAAAGAUGCCGAAUUCUAUAAAAAUGAAUUAGGCUUCAACUGUUUAAGAAUUCCUUUCAACUACCGUCACUUCGUCGAUGAUGAAGCUGAUAUGUUCAAAAUCUUACCAAAGGGUUUUGAAAGACUUGACAGAGUUAUUGAUAUCUGUUCAAAAUAUGGAAUUUAUACCAUUUUAGAUUUACACGCUACUCCAGGUGGUCAAAAUCAAGAUUGGCAUGCUGAUUCAGGUAUCCAUAAGUCAAUAUUCUGGGAUUUUAAAGUUUUUCAAGAUGUUGUUGUUAAUCUUUGGGUUGAGUUAGCCAAACACUAUAAAGAUAACACUUGGGUAGCAGGUUACAAUCCAUUAAAUGAGCCAGCUGUACCAGACCAUUCUAAGCUUGUAAAAUUCUAUACCAGAUUAGAUAAAGCAGUUAGAGCAGUUGAUCCAAACCAUAUCUUUUUCCUCGAUGGUAACACCUACUCUAUGGAUUUCAGACAAUUUCCAGCUCCAUCAGAAUUUAUUCCAAAUUCAGUGUACUCAAUCCAUGAUUAUUCAACUUAUGGAUUCCCAAAUAUCGAAGGUACUCUUUACAAAGGUACUGAAGCUGAAACUGAAAAGUUGAAAGUACAAUAUGAAAGAAAAAUCGAAUAUCAUAAACAACAUAAUGUCCCUGUUUGGAAUGGGGAAUUUGGUCCAGUUUAUGCUUCCGAAGUUAGAGGUGAUAAGAACCCAGAAGUUAUUAAUCGUGCUCGUUAUAAUGUUUUAAAAGAUCAAUUGGCUGUGUACAAAAAGGGUGAUCCUUCUGGUGAUGGAACUCCAAUUUCAUGGUCUAUCUGGUUAUACAAAGAUAUUGGCUAUCAAGGAUUGACUUAUGUCUCACCAAAGUCCAAAUGGUUUGAAGUAUUCGGAGAAUUUUUACUUAAGAAGAAGAAGUUAGGUUUAGAUAGAUGGGGUAAUGAUAUUGACCCAGAAUACAAUCAAUUAUAUCAAAACUUGAUUGACCAUGUUCAUGCUAAUACACCAGAAAAGUAUCACAGAGCUUUAUAUCCUCACGUUUGGACUGUUCAAGACUACCUUUUCCGUGUCACCAAGGAUAUGCUUUUCUCCCAAUAUGCUCAACAUGAAUAUGCUGAUUUAUUUGUUGGCUUAAGUUUUGAAGAAUUAGAUGAAUUAGCUGCUUCUUUCAAAUUUGAAAAUGUUGAACAAAGAGGAGAAUUGAACGCUAUAUUGAAGGACUACUGA